CAGGUUACAUGAAAAAAAAGAGGGAAGGGGAAUUAUUUUGUUGCUAUGAUUGCAUUCCGUGUCCAGAUGGGAAAUUUUCAAACCAAAAAGGUGGGCAGUUUAAUAUGUAGUUAUGAUAAAGAACAUUGUUGAGAAAUGUAACUUAUUGGCAACAACCCCAAACAAUACAGGUAGAUCCUUUGGACAUAUGAAGACAAAUAGAAGAAGCAAAAUGGUUUCAUAUUUUCUCAUUGAUUAUUCGCAUUUCUAUCUUGUAUUUCUUCACCGGAAAGCAACCACCUCUACUUUUUCCACCUAACUUUCUGCUCAUAUUAAUCCCGAUGCAGAUUAAGCUGAGAAGCAGUUGCUUGUUGGGCUGAAAUGAGUUGAAUGUUUCAAUGAGUACUUAAGCUUGAGUUUUCUGCAAAAUUAAAAGUUGCGUGUUUUAUUUUUCAGACAUGGUUGAAUGUUCAAAGUGUCCAGAUGAUCAGUAUACCAACAAGAACCACGAUCAAUGCCUUCCCAAAAGUAUACAUUUUCUCUCGUCUACAGAACCUUUGGGAAUAACUCUAACUUGCUUGGCUCUCUCCCUUUCUCUGAUCUUGGUGCUCAAGAUAUUCAUCAUCAACAAGAACACUCCUAUUGUCAAGGCCAAUAACCGGAACCUCACUUACUCUCUUCUCGUUUCCCUAUUACUCUGCUCCCUCUGUACAUUUCUGUUCAUUGGCCAGCCUAAAACAGUGACCUGCUAUUUGCGACAAACCAUUUUUGGCAUUGUCUUUUCAGUAGCUGUGUCUUGUGUAUUGGCAAAAACCCUAACUGUGGUUGUUGCUUUCAUGGCUACCAAGCCAGGAUCCAGGAUGAGGAAAUGGGUGGGAAAAGGAUUGGCAAACGCUGUAGUUUUAAAUUGUUCCCUUAUUCAAGCCAGUAUGUGUGCUGUAUGGCUGUGUAUUGCGCCUCCAUUUCCAAAUUUUGACAUGCACACAUUAGCCAAAGAAAUAAUUUUGGAAUGCAAUGAAGGAUCCGUCACAAUGUUUUAUUGCAUUAUGGCCUACCUGGGAUUUCUGGCCAUGGUUAGUUUCACAGUGGCUUUCUUUGCCAGAAAGUUGCCAGACAGUUUCAAUGAAGCCAAAUUCAUUACUUUCAGCAUGGUAGUGUUUUGCAGUGUUUGGUUGUGUUUUGUUCCAUCUUAUCUGAGCACUAAGGGGAAAUACAUGGUGGCUGUGGAGAUUUUCUCCAUUUUAGCCUCUAGUGCUGCUUUAUUGGGUUUUAUCUUUUUCCCCAAAUGUUUCAUAAUUGUCUUGAAGCCUGAACUGAAUUGUAAGGACUACCUAAUCAGAAAAAAGUGAGAUAGAUAGAUAGAUAGAUAGAUAGAUAGAUAGAUAGAUAGAUAGAUAGAUAGAUAGAUAGAUAGAUAUAUUCUUGUAGAGGGGUUCUAUUAUAAUUUUAACCUUAAGAUGCACUGUUUAUUUGUGGAGACAGGCAUAGAAUUGCAAUUAGAGAUUCCUUUGAAGUUGUAAAUGGAACCCAGUACCUUCCCGGUGUAGAGGGAAAUAACCAUACAUGGAGAUACAUUAUGCUAUGUGAAUAACAACA